UUUAUGUUAUUUUGUUGGUCACAUUUUUUUAACACACAGCCAAUGAGAGAGCCUUGUUCAUCAUCAUCAUCGUCUUCUCGAUAAAAAAUAGAUCUGCCCACCAUUUUCUCCGCCCAUAGCCAAAAACAAGAGCUUUUGAAAUCGAAGGAGAAAGAAGAAGAAGAUGAACGGUAACCGAGAAGAAGCCGAACGUCUUCUCGGAAUCGCGGAGAAGCUUCUGGAGUCACGAGAUCUGAACGGUUCAAAAGAGUUUGCAAUCUUAGCUCAAGAGACAGAGCCUCUCUUAGAAGGCACCGAUCAAAUCCUCGCCGUCGUCGACGUCUUGCUCUCGUCCGCGUCACAGAAUCUCGUCAAAAACCAACCGAACUGGUACGAGAUCCUCCAGAUCGAAGAUCCAGAACAAUCUUCAGCGGACAACGAUCUAAUCAAGAAACAAUACCGCCGUCUCGCUCUUCUCCUCCACCCUGACAAAAACCGUUUCCCGUUCGCCGAUCAAGCUUUCAAAUUCGUGCUCGAUGCAUGGGAAGUCCUGUCAACACCUUCAAAGAAAUCUCAGUUCGAUCGGGAUUUGAAUCUCAUCUUCACCAAAGUAGAUCUCAAUCAGGGGAGGAGGAAGAAAACAACAGUCAAUGAGAAGAUGGCUACGUUUUGGACGGCGUGUCCGUACUGUUACAGUCUCCAUGAGUAUCCUAGGGUUUACCAAGAGUACUGUAUCAGAUGCCAAAACUGCCAAAGAGCGUUCCACGCCGCGAGUAUCCCUCAGCUGCCUCCGUUGAUUCCUGGGAAAGAUGAGUAUUAUUGUUGUUGGGGUUUUUUUCCCAUGGGAUUUAUUGGUGGCAAAGGAGGUGAAGCAGCCGCCAUUGCUAACGGAGUUGAUGCAGCCAAAUUCCCUAAUUGGAUGCCUCCGGUUUUCUCAUCCGGCGGCGUUUCAGCUCCGGCAGCUCCGGUUGCUCAUCCUUCGUCUUCUCAUAGUGCUCAGGUUAACUUUGGUGGAUGGUCAGGUGGUGCAGGGAAGAGAGAUAGUGAGGCGAUGAGGAGUAACAACAAUGUUGGAGUUAAUUCAGAUGGAAGGCCGAAGAAGAGAGGAAGAGGAAGGCCGAAGAAGAAUCCGGUUCAGUGAUCUCUCUUUAAAAGGCAAGUUUUUUUUUUCCUAAGGCAAUGGAGAUUAGGAUCAGUGUUUGUUGUUUUAGCGUAAUCUUUGUUAGUUAAUGUAACUUUUUAUUUUGCAUUUGUUUUUAUUUUUGCCAUUUUUCUCUGUAUUUUGUUGUUGUCACUCAUCAUUUUGUAUCAUAUUUUAGCUUUUGAAACAUUUUCGUUUUUUCGGUACAUUUGGCAAAUUCACUAUUUUCCCGUCA